AUAGGGAUAAGAGAUUUCGAGAUUAAUUUUAGGAUAAGUUUACUUCAUGUUUGGUUGAGAUAAAAACAUGGGAUAAAUCAUCCCCAGAUUAGUUAUUUCGAGAUUAUAUCAUUAUUUUUAUCCCUCCUUGAGUGUGACGUAACUAAUCCCGAGAUAGUUAAUCUCCGAAUAACUUAACACUCUUUGUCAAAGUGCAUUUUUGUAGCUGCUAACAACUUUUGUUAGAUGUGUUUAUGGCACCAUUCCGUUAUGCGAAAUCAAUCCUUAUUUUGCACUUCCUCUCACCGCCCUAAAAUAUAUAUAAAUCAUGAAUUCUUCAGAUCGGUAAGGCAGACAUAUAAGGACUAUCGAAGAAGUGCCUCAACGCUCUGCAACCAUUACUUUGAUUUUUCUUUAUGCAAUUAUAAACUCUAUGAAACUUGAUCAAUUUCAAUACAACUUAUCUUUUUGGAGCUGACAUAACAAACUAUACGAGACGGAAAAGUUCUUGAGGAUGCCCCCUUUUUUCUUCACAACUUGUUUGGAUAUCCAGAUAUUUAAAAGGAAAGUGGUUGUUGUUGAGACCAAUAAAAGAAUUAAGCACAAAAAAAAUAAAGCACGCAAGACUUGCCAAGUCUUUGGCUGAAUAGAUGACUUUUUCGCCACAAUAUUUAUAAUUCUGAUUGAGAUGUGAAAGACUUGGUGGAUUUGGUGGUAUUAGUAUUGAUAUGACCAAAAGGGAGACAUCAUCCCUAUUUAAAGUCUCAAAAUGGAGAAAGCAUACCUACUAAUUUUUGCAAUAAUGGAGAAAGCCUUCACAUUUUUUCUCUUAACACUCUUGUUGCUCAUGGCUAGUUCAACCAUGACCCAAACCAACAUUACCACUGAUCAAUUAGCUCUUCUUUCGUUAAAAUCUCAAAUCAUUUCCUAACCUUUUCACUUCUUGGAUGAAAACUGGUCUCCCGCUGUUUCUGUUUGUCAUUGGGUUAGAGUCACUUGUGAUUCUCGGCACCAACGAGUGAUGUCCUUGAAUCUUUCCAGCAUGGCUCUUACAGGCAGGAUUCCCGUGAAUUCAGAAACCUCACUUUUCUUGUUUCUCUUGACUUGGGAAGCAACAAUUUCAAUGGAAAUUUGCCUCAGGAAAUGACACUCUUGCGUCAGCUUAAAUUUCUUGAUUUAAGUUUCAACAGCUUCAGCGGAAAGGUUCCCUCUUGGUUUGGGUUUUUACACCAACUUCAAGUUCUAAAUCUUGGAAAUAAUAGUUUCACUGGUUCCAUUCCUUCUUCAUUUUCUAAUAUUUCCACAUUUGAGACUUUGAAUCUGAAUUUCAAUUCCAUAGAGGGCCAAAUACCAAAAGUAAUUGGAAACAUUAGAGUAUUAAAGUUGAGGGGUAACAAUCUCAUAGAGUCUAUUCCUCUGUCACUCUCGAAUGCCUCAAGGUUGGAAGUUUUAGAUAAAUCUUAUAAUUCACUUCAAGGAAACAUCCUAGAAGGGAUCGGCAAUCUUCACUGAACUGGUUGUCCAUACAAUAUAAUCAACUUACGGGUUCUAUACCAUUCACAAUUUUCAAUAUUUCUAGGAUCGAAUUCAUUGCAUUUACUGGAAAUAGCUUAUCAGGAAGUCUUCCCAAUGGUUUAUGCAAUGGUCUCCCAAUACUCAAAGGGCUUUAUCUGUCUGAUAACAAGUUUCACGGUCGUAUGCCUGCAAGCUUGUCAAAUUGUUCACAACUUCAACUAUUGUCUUUAUCAGUUAAUGAGUUUGAUGGACCAAUACAUAGUGAAAUUGGAAGAUUGAGUAACUUGCAGAAAUUGGCUGUCGGAACUUACCAUUUCACUGGGAUAAUUCCACAAGAAAUUGGAAAUCUUGCUAAUUUGACGGAGUUAUGGAUGGAGGGAAACCAGAUAACCGGCUCUGUCCCAAUCUCCAUAUUCAAUAUCUCAUCGCUGCAACUUUUGUCACUGUGGAAGAACAAUCUUAGUGGAUUCUUACCUCGGGAGAUUGGCAACUUAACCAAGAUGCAACAUGUUGAGAUUAGUGGAAAUAAGCUUAUAGGUGAAAUACCCAAAGAGAUAAGCAAUCUCAUUGAGUUGGAGGUACUUAAUCUUGGGUUUAAUAGUUUUAGUGGUUCGCUUGAUACGGAGAUCUUCAACAUAUCACGGCUGAGAAUAAUUGAGUUUUCACUCAACAAUCUAUCAGGAAGCCUCCCACCAAAUAUGUGUUCUAUCUUACCCAACAUUGAACAACUUUUUCUGGGCAACUUAACCAAUCUUGUUGGAACUAUUCCUCAUUCCAUCUCCAAUUGUUCAAAACUUAUUAAACUUGAGCUUUCAGGCAACAAACUCACUGGCUUGAUUCCCAACUCACUUGGAUAUUUGACUCAUCUACAAUUCCUAAACUUGGGGGAAAACAAUUUCACCAGCGAUUCAUCAUUAAGCUUCCUGACUUCCUUAACCAAUUGUAGAAAUUUAACAGAUCUUUAUCUUCCUUUCAACCCUCUAAAUGGCAUGCUUCCAGAUUCCACGGGGAACCUUUCCAUCUCUCUUAGAAAUUUUUACGCCGGCAAUUGCAAAAUCAAAGGGCGAAUUCCAAAUGAAGUUGGGAACUUAAGCAGCUUAUUAGACCUUGAUCUUCCUGGAAAUUACUUGGUCGGAUCGAUUCCAACAUCAAUUGGCAACUUGAGAAGCCUCCAGCAGUUCAACUUGAAUAACAACAAACUUACAGGAUUUAUUGGUGAUCAUAUAUGUAAAUUGCAGCAUCUGGGUGAUAUUUACUUGGAUCAAAAUCAACUUUCAGGAUAUCUUCCUAAUUGUUUAGGGAAUAUUACAUCCCUUAGUGAGAUACAUCUCGAUUAAAAUAAAUUGAGUUCCAAUAUACCACCAAGCUUAGGUAACCUUCAAGAUCUAGUGGUUAUUGACUUAUCAUCAAACAACAUGGUAGGUUCUUUACCUCCAGAAAUUGGAAAUCUAAAGGCUACAACACUAAUAGAUCUGUCAAUGAAUCGAUUCUCAAAUGGAAUUCCAAGAGAAAUUGAAUGGUUGCAAAAUCUUGUGCAGCUUUCUUUGAGACACAACAAGUUGCAAGGAUCUAUACCUGACUCAAUGAGCAACAUGAUAGGUUUGGAAUUCCUAGACCUUUCUGAAAACAAUAUGUCGGGAAUCAUUCCUAAGUCUUUGGAGAAACUCCAAAACCUGAAGUAUUUCAAUGUUUCUGUAAACAAGUUGUACGGUGAAAUACCCUCGGGGGGUCCUUUCAAGAACCUCUCGAGUGACUUUUUCGUCGAUAAUGAAGCAUUGUGUGGUUCUUCAAGAUUUAGUGUCCAGCUAUGCCCCAUUUCAUCAAUGCACAAAUCAAAUAGGAACAAAUUGCUAGUUCUUUUUCUUUUGCUAGGACUAGCACUUUUAAUUGUUCCAAUCACUUUUGUAUUUGUUUGGAUAAAGUAUAGAAAAGGUAAAAGAGCUCCUCAACAAAUUGAUGCAUUGUCUCCCAUUACAAGAGAAAGAAUUUCAUACUAUGAAUUGUUCCAAGCAACUGAUGCGCUUAGCGAGAGUAAUUUGAUUGGUUCCGGAAGUUUUGGCUCUGUUUACAAAGGUGUUCUCAGAAGUGGAACUGCCAUUGCGGUUAAAGUGUUCAACCUGCAACUGGAUGCGGCAUUCAAGAGUUUUGAUACGGAAUGUGAAGUUCUGCACAACCUUCGCCAUAGGAAUCUUGUAAAAGUCAUCACUAGUUGUUCCAAUCUUGAUUUCAAGGCUUUAGUUCUUGAUUAUAUGCCUAACGGGACUCUUGAGAAGUACUUGUAUUCGCACAACUACUUCCUCAACAUCAAGCAGAGACUAAGCAUAAUGAUAGAUGUGGCAUGUGCUUUGGAAUAUCUUCACCAUGGGUGCUCGUUGCCUGUGAUUCACUGUGACGUGAAGCCUAGUAACGUCUUGCUGGAUGAAGAUAUGAUUGCCCACCUCGGCGACUUUGGCAUUUCAACGCUGCUUGGUGAAGAUAAGGGCGAUUUGUACACUAAAACCUUAGCAACAUUGGGGUAUAUUGCGCCAGACUACGGACUGGAUGGACUAGUGUCAACAAAGUAUGACGUAUACAGUUACGGGGUCAUGUUGCUGGAAACGUUUACUAGGAGAAAGCCUAAUGAGUUUGAGGGAGAUCUUAGCUUGAAGCAAUGGGUGAGUUAUUCACUUCCUGGAGCAGUAAUGGACGUCGUAGAUGCCAACUUGGUAACCCAAAUGGGUAGUCGCUUACAGUUGGAGCUAGAUGUUGUGGCAACAAUCAUGAAAGUAGCAUUGGAUUGUUGUGCUGAAUCUCCGACAAGAAGGACUAACAUGAAAGAUGUUGUAGGAAUGCUACAGAAGAUCAAUAUUCUACUUCUUGCAUGUUGAACAUUGUUGCAAAUUUUAUCUUUUAGCACUUGAUUUGUGCAUGAUUCUGUUUUCAGAAAUUCUAGCUGGUUGCAAUAAAUCUGACUGUUUCCUUUUGAUAUGAAUGUUGCAUAAGGCUGCAACUUGAAAAUCUUGAAACAGAAUAUUUUUUAAAAUGACACUGUCGGAGGAAUUAACAA